UUCAUUGCAAUGAUUGAUACAAUUUCAGGAUACUUUCUAUGUCUCCUGGCCCACAUAGCUCUGACCUGCACGUUGUUUUUCAAUCAGUUCCUUCUGGCGUCGUUUCCGCUCUGUACGACCGUCAUCCGUGAGGAUUCGCGGGUGGAGUUUGUGGUGCUGUUGUCACUGGCCCUGGUUAUCGAUGCUUCUGAACUCGCCAUCCUUCUACUACGUGCCCCUUCCGUGCCAGUUGCCCUGAUCUCCUCUUGUUUUCAUGCAGUCAGUUGUUUAUUCUUGCUCAAAUUCAUAAUAGACGUUCAUCCUGUCAGUAAUUUUUGGAUUCUGCUUGGUUUCACGUCCUGCCCACCUCUAAUUCUGAACCUCUUCCGAUUUUUGAUCCAUUCACGACGAAAUAAAUCCCAAUGA